CCCGUCUCCCUCGCAGUGGAGGCCCGGCAGAGCCCCCGCAGAGCCGACGCACCGCCGCCGGGCAGGGGCGGGCGCGGAGGGCGGGGGCGCAGCCCACCCUCUUCCCGAGCCUCGUCCCCGCCCCUCCCCCGAGUGGCUGCCAAUCAGCGGAACGAGAAGCCAGAUUGGCCGGAGGGAUGCUGUUGCCCGGGAGCCACCGCCCCGCCCCUCCGCCCCCUCCGCCCGUCUUCCCUACUCCCCCGCCCUCCCCAAGGCUCUGGGAAGGGGCUUAGCGUGGGAAAGGGAUGGUUGAGUUUUAACCGGAGGCAGAGCGUGAGCGGAUCAGUGUGUGCGGAGAGCGAGCAGCCGAGCGCGGAGAGGCGCCGCUGUUAACUCCUCCCUGCCCGCCGCGCCGACCCUCCCCCGGAGUCCCCGCGCAGCCAGCAUGAAGCGAGCUCACCCCGAGUACAGCUCCUCGGAUAGCGAGCUGGACGAGACCAUAGAGGUGGAGAAGGAGAGUGCGGACGAGAAUGGAAACUUGAGUUCGACGUUAGGUUCCAUGUCCCCAACUACGUCUUCCCAGAUCCUGGCCAGGAAAAGACGGAGAGGCAUCAUUGAGAAGCGCCGCCGAGACCGGAUCAAUAACAGUUUGUCUGAGCUGAGGAGGCUGGUUCCCAGUGCUUUUGAGAAGCAGGGAUCUGCUAAACUAGAAAAAGCAGAGAUUCUUCAGAUGACCGUGGAUCACCUGAAAAUGCUGCACACUGCUGGAGGGAAAGGCUACUUUGAUGCGCAUGCCCUUGCAAUGGACUAUCGGAGUUUGGGGUUUCGGGAAUGCCUGGCAGAGGUUGCCCGUUACCUGAGCAUCAUUGAAGGACUGGAUGCCUCUGACCCGCUUCGAGUUCGACUAGUCUCGCAUCUCAACAACUACGCCUCCCAGCGGGAAGCCGCGAGCGGCGCCCACGCCGGCCUUGGACACAUUCCCUGGGGGAGCGCCUUCGGACAUCACCCGCACAUCGCGCACCCACUGUUGCUGCCCCAGAACGGCCACGGGAACACUGGCACCACGCCCUCGCCCACGGAACUCCACCACCAGGGCAGGUUGUCCUCAGUACACCCGGAGGCGCCCGCCCUUCGAGCGCCCCCUAGCGGCGGCCUUGGACAGGUGCUCCCUGUGGUCACCUCCGCCUCCAAACUGUCGCCGCCUCUGCUCUCGUCGGUGGCCUCCCUGUCGGCCUUCCCCUUCUCUUUUGGCUCUUUCCACUUACUCUCUCCCAAUGCACUGAGCCCUUCGGCACCCACGCAGGCAGCAAACCUUGGCAAGCCCUAUAGACCUUGGGGGACGGAGAUUGGAGCUUUUUAAAGAACUGAUGUAGAAUGAGGGAGGGGAAAGCUUAACAUCCCAGCUGAGCUGGACUGUUGCCAACACCACUUAAAGUCGUCAAUUAAAGUAAAAAGGAAAAAGGUACACUUUCAGAUAAUUUUUU